AUGGAGAAGACUGAGCUGAUCCAGAAGGCCAAGCUGGCGGAGCAGGCUGAGUGCUACGACGACAUGGCCACUUGCAUGAAAGCCAUGACAGAGCAGGGCGCCAAGCUGUCCAACGAGGAGCGCAACCUGCUGUCGGUGGCAUACAAGAACGUGGUCGGGGGCCGCAGGUCUGCCUGGAGGGUCAUCUCGGGCAUCGAGCAGAUGACCGACACCUCCUACAAGAAGUUGCAGCUGAUCAAGGACUGUCGGGAGAAAGUAGUGUCGGAGCUGGGGUCCAUCUGUACCAUGGUCCUGGAAUUGUUGGAUAAGUAUUUUAUAGCCAAUGCAACUAAUCCAGAGAGUAAGGUCUUUUCUCUGAAGAUGAAGGGAGAUUAUUUCCGGUAUCUUGUUGAAGUAGCAUGUGGCGAUGAUCGAAAACAAACGAUAGACAAUUCCCAAGGAGCCUACCAAGAGGCAUUUGAUAUAAGCAAGAAAGAGAUGCAACCUUCCCAUCCAAUCUGCCUGGGGCUGGUUCUUAACUUUUCUGUAUUUUACUUUGAGAUCCUUAAUAAUCCUGUGCUUGCCUGCACACUGGCCAAAACGGCUUUUGAUCAGGCCAUCACAGAGCUUGAAUCACUGAGUGAAGAUCCCUAUAAAGAAAGCACCCUCAUCAUGCAGUUGCUUAGAGACAAGUUAACAUUAUGGACAUCAGAAAGUGCAGGAGAAGAAUGUGAUGCAGCGGAGGGGGCCGAAACCUAA